AUGCAUGGGGCAUGGAGCGGGCUGGUACUACCUUGUGCUCCAGUUCUCGUUGCCUUCGUCGUCGCAUGUGUCUUGUUCCGCUUCGCAGAUAAGGAUGCUAGUUGGCUUUCUCUCCUCACCAGCGUGGCCGGGGUCACGAUCGCCAUCAGCGUGGUGGCGGUCAUGCCCUACGAUGUGUGGCAGGCUGUGCAGGCCCUUGCGACGGGCGGCGACACUGGUGCCCAAGAUUCCCUCUUGCAGUCCACUUGGGUUGCCACCUACUGGACGACAGCCUUGCUGAGCUAUUUCUUGUGUCCUAUCUUGAUGGAGUUCGAAGCUUCUGGAGACUUCACUAUAGCGACGCGUCUGCAAACAUCAAUUCGGCGAAAUGCAGUUUUCUAUGUCGCAUACACCGCAAUACUCUGCCUUCUUCUCAUCAUCCUCAUUAUCCGCGGCGAAGUGCAGGGAGACAUUCAGAGCUGGUGCAUCGCGGCAUCAAACGCAUGGGGCCUAUUCGUCCUGACGGUUCUCAUGGGCUUUGGGUUGGUGGCUGUGCCACGCCACUUCUGGAGCUUGGCGAAUCCCUCCACGCUCUUGCAAGAUCUGUACGUUAACGCAGUGGUGAAGGACGAGAUACGGCUUAGCCGACUCUUCGAGUUGCAGGACACUGUUGCGCAAGCUCGCUCCGAAUUGGCUGCUCAUGUGGAGUUGGAGGAAGAUGCUCCUGGUCUACACAUGCAGCGGCUAGCAUUUGCCAAGCUUUGCCAAGUGGCAGACCGGUGCGAGAUGCUGCACAGGGAAUUGAGUGGUUGCCGUAUUUCUUCGCCAGUGCUUGGCACGCGAAGCGACAAAACAUGUGGAGGUCGUGGGGACCUCGAGCGUGCGGCUGGCAACAUACCGUUGCAUCCACCGCCGUCGCUUUCUCGAUUUGCGCACCUUCAUCGCUUGCUCAAAGCGGCGGCCUUGGAGGCUCGCCGGGCAUCGUGCUGCUUUGACAGCCAUGUCGAGCGGUGUAUAUUCUUCGAGGACCUUCAACAAGGAGAUCAUACAGCUGCCGCUAGUCUACUGGGUCUGCGUCAGCGUCAUUUGGCGCUCCCCGCUUAUUUUCCAAGAGCUCGUUCAGCGUUUGCGAAACUGCGGCGCAGCUUGCUGACUUUCUGGCUUCGCCAUCUGCGAGCCCGUGCCUUGCUUGGCCUUGGCUGGGCCUCCUGUCUUCUCAGCGCUGUCGUUGUGAUGGGUCAGAUGACCCUGUUUGCGGACGGCUGGCACCUCUCCGUGCUUUCGCUUCUCUUCAGCGGAGACUAUGGACCGUUGGUAACGCAGGCAUUCUGCCUGGUCCCGUUGUCUUACGUGACCUACACUGCCUACUUCAGUAUUUUCCGCUUGAAAGUUUCAGGAUGGUAUGGUCUGUACGGCAACCACAACACGGAUGCAGGCAGUCUGCUGUGGUCGACGCCUUGGGGGUGCCAGACGUCUUCUGCAUUGUUGUCCGCCCUUGGUGAAGCUUGUGCCGAUGUGUGCCAUGAUGGUCUCAGGGACUGGUGCUCACAAGUGAACGGGGUCAAGGUCUGGCUACGCUGCCAACCCAUCGGUGGUGUCAUCAGACUCGGCCGCCUAGCCGGGCUGCACUGGGCUUUGGAGCUGCAAACCACAGAAGCCGCCCUCAACCUGAAGGACCUCAAAGCCUUCAGUGACUCCUUGAACCAGCCCAUGAACAUCGUGCGCGAGUGCAUGAGCCAGGUUGAUCAAGGUCUGCUUGGUGCGCUGCAGAUCACACAGACUCAGGCUCACGAGCUGGUCAUGGCUGCCCAGAUGGUAACUUGGAAGCUUUCUGCUACAGCCUGCAACAGCCUUGAGUUGCUUCCCACAUUGCUGUGGGCGGCGAAGGGUCAUGGUGAUGAGAAGGAUGUCGUUAGCCCCAUCUCCGAAGUGCACAGCAGCAUUGCCACGAUGCGCAAAGAUGCCCAGACGGUUCGCACCAAUUACAUCGAGUUGCUGAAUCAGGUGAGAUAUUUAGGGCAGUGUGCGCAGGUGACGCUGGACGAAGUCAUAAUUAGCUGGCUUCCUGCGCCCCACGAAGAUGAAAGCGGAAGCCUAGAAACUUCACCCGGACAUGCAAUUGAUCCAACAGAAGAGCAGAGACACUCAGAGAAAUGCCUUGAGCUGGCUCUCAUGCACCUCGAUGGGCUCUGCAUCCUGCUGGAGGACUGUUCUGACUUUUGGCUGAUGCUGCACAGUGCAGAACUACAACUGCGCAAGAUAGAGAAAGAGGCGCAAGCUUUGUGUGGAAAGGCGCCAGUUGAGGAGAGGCAUGGAGGAGGUGUUCUUCUGCAGGCGUUUUGCGAAAGGGUCAGGGACUUCUGCAAGGAGCAUUGUGGGGUGCCACCCGCAAACUUCCAAAUCCAGAGUCCGUUCGUCGUUCAGGCCGUCUGA